GUAACUACUAACCAUACACUACCUUUACCUUUGGAAUAAAAAAUCCAUAAGAUUUUGCUAGGAAAAAAAAUCUUUUGCCGUACAUUUUUCUAUUUUAAUUUUCACCGACCCAGAAAAUCCAAACUAAACCCCUUUCAUUUCUCCCUUUCCCGCUGUGAUCGCAAAGCCACACAGAUCAAACCCAGCUACUCACUUUCUCUCCCAUCCGCUUAUUACGAUUUUCUUUGCUAUCUAUGGGGAAGAGGAAGCGAACCUCGGAUCACAAUCAGAUCCAACAAUCAUCGGACACCGUGCCAUGCUCCUCAGGAAUGGAGCUAUUAUCAGAAGAGAAUGGUUUGCAUGCAAUUGAUUCUAGUGAACUAAAGCCUCUUUCAUCUGUCUUGGAUAUUGCGGAUAGUUCUAUGAAGCUGCAAGAUGCACACCAUCAUCACCAUCACCACCCUUCUUCUACUGGACAUCAUCACCAAAGCCUAAGCCGGUCAUUAUUCUUGAAACGCUCACGCCAUCAUUACGCCCAUCAGUAUUCUAGGCGUGGUUCGCUCAAUCUUGCAAAUGCAUCGACUUCUCGUGGCAAAGGUACUUCUUUGCGUGAGGAUAAGCUACCCUUCAAGGUGGUGACUCAAAGCAACUCGGAGUUGAGGAGGCAUUCAGAUUUUAGGGAGAAAGCAUUUUUUGAGCCAGAAAGAAUUAGGUCAUGUGUGUCAGAUCUCAUAUUGUCCGAUCAUACAAAAACAAUCUGCGUAAUUUGUCAGAAAUCGUUGAGUCGGAAGCUUUAUUUUCCAGGGAUCUCUGUAUCUUCUGUUCAACUUUCCUUGGUGGCGGUUCUAGCUUGUGGUCAUCUCUAUCAUGCAGAUUGUCUGGAACCAAAAACGAGUUACGAGGAUAGAAGGGACCCUCCUUGCCCAGUAUGUACAGGGUCACUAUCUCGGGUUGACAAUGGGAGAGCGCAGGAUUUGCAUGUAGAAGAAGACUAUUGAAGUCUACACCAUGAUACUAAUAUCUAGAGAAGAGACCUUAGUAUGGAAAGGGAACUCUGCUUGUCUAUGCAGGCUGACCCUUUUGUUGGGCUAAGAUCUUCUUGGCUUUGGAAUUCCAUUGUGAGUUUUGGAAGAGGUGUUGAGUAGUGUUGAUAUAGAAUGUAUUAAGCUGUUUAUAACUUUUUUUUUUGUACUUUUGAUAAGAGUACAAGUUUAGAAGAUUAGAAGUUAAAAAAAUUUCUAACUGGUAAGUAACUUGUGGAUUCCAUAGAAGAUGAUAUGUUAUGCAAUCUUUACUAUUUUAUGUGA